AUGGCAUUAAACACUUCAUUUGAGUUUGAUGCAAACUUCGAUUAUGAAUCGACAGUUCGGCAGGUGAUCUCGGUGUUUUUAAUAAUAAUGUCUGGUAUAGGAAACCCUCUCGUCGUGUGUGCCAUCUACCGAUUUCGUAGUUUGCGAACAAUCUCGAAUUUGAUCAUUCUCAACUUGAGCAUAACGGAUUUGUUGUUUUCUCUCAUCACCGUUCCAGUAACCAUGUUCAUGCUGGCUGAAGACAAGUCAACCAAUUCCAGCGGCCUAUGUGUUUUCGCGGGCGUAACAGCUGAACUGUUGUGCACCGUUUCAAUUUAUACUCUGGUAUUUAUAAGUUUCGAGAGAUUUCUUGCCACGAACUAUCCCAUGAAACAUAGAUCUUUUUUUACUAAAGAGGUUGUUAAAAUUGGUAUUUUGAUUAUUUGGGUUUUCGUCACCAUUCAAUGUGGAGUCGUUUUUCUUACAACUCGCUACGUCUACAUUGAAGAGUUUCAUCAUUGUAUCCUUGACUUCGGGAACAGCAAAGAAGCGCCAUUGAUGGUGUUCCAUCUUGCCUAUUUGUUACCUCUACUGAUUCUGAUCUGUUGUAAUGCACUCAUUGUAAAAGCAGUCUUGAAAAGUAGACGGUUUGCGUCCGAACACACAGCUGCUUCACAGCGCAAUAAUGUUGGGUUUUGUAAAGAACAUCAGGCGGCGCUUCUUACAAUAACUAUCAUCGUCGUGUUUCUUAUACUGUGGACGCCAUAUUGUAUCGCAGCUUCUUCGUUGGCGUUCGAAAUUUUCAGUCUACCCAAGGAAUUUAUGUACGCAUCGUUAUUACUGGCAGUGGCAAGUGCAUCUGUUAAUCCAUUAAUUUAUGGUGUGAUGAACAAAAAUUUUCGCACUGCUUUCAAAAAAAUUAUUGUUUGCAAACGAAAUUGACUAUUGGUUGUUGGUCAUAACUCGUGAUAGCAGCAGUCGAAAUACAUUUGUGAACACUUUGUGGAGAUUGAAAGACUGAUUAUUAGCGCUAAGAAUAAUCGGACUUAUACAGAAUGAUCUAAAGACUAAACUUCAAUAAAUCUCGUGUUUUUUUCUACCAAAACGAAAGAAUUAGAACGUUAGGUGGAGUUUCAUCUCUUCUAUAUCUUUACUGUAUUUUAGAACUUAAAAGUUCUCUUGAUAUGUAAAUAAACAUUGUAAGGUAAAAUAUGUAAUAUUGAAUAUCUAAAUAAUUAAUAUGAAGUUUUCAAUUCUAGUGAAAUUCCUCCCGAGGCCCUGGCCACAGAUCAAGUAUGGACCAGAUGUGUAACUUCAGUAAAAAAGUUGUCCCAUGGUCGCCAUCUUCCUAGUAGUCGCCGGCGUGAUAAUUCGUCAUUUGAUAAUAUGUCUUACUUUCAAAAAUGCUUUCAACACCUUUUCAACAACUUUAAUUGCUUUCAACAACUUUAAACAUUCAACAUUGAUUUUUAAUCCAAAAAAUUCGAUCCAAAAAGGCCGCAAUAAAGUGCAAAAGUUCAUUUUGCUAGCAAGUGUCAAGGCGUGAGCAUGACGUCUAUAUCCAGGGAAAUUUGAGGACUCGAAGUUCGAUGUAUUAAGUUACACAUAUGGUCAUCUGUGUCCUGGCGGGAAUCGAAACUCCAGCUCUCGUUUGUUUAUAUUUAAAAUAACAUAUUCCGAGUUUCACGCUUUUCACGAUCGUCAGGCGACGAUGUAACUGUUUAUGCAACUAACUUUUCCUGCUUGGUGGCGUUGAUUUGCGUUGGGCUGCUAGCUUGCGUGAUCGAUCUACCGCACGUUCAAAAUUUCCGGUCAAGAGUCGUUUUUGGUGAACCCACUUCGAGACAUGUAUAGCCCGAGUUUAUAUAUAUAGCCAACGUAAAUGGGAUUGUGUAAUGCUGCGGGCCCCUUGCCUAAUUUUGCAUGCUACAGUUUGUGAAAAAAUUAUCAAUGUGCGUGGAUGAAUUUUGUCACUUUUAUUCGCAAUAGACCACUUUGUCAAUUCCUAUAGUCCCAGUAAUGCCAAUUUCAAUGACUGUGUCCUAUUUGAGGAAUCAGUAUCAGUUUUAUAGUCGCAACUAAGGCAAAUGUUUGAACGUGUAGAUGCAAGCCUCGCUCUCAAUCUUCAAUAAAUACUUCGAUGGUCGCAGAACGUUUUGUUGUCAAGCCCCUUGUUCGUUUAGUUUAUGCCGAAAUUUCGUUAUGCUUGUUUAUUGUAUUACAUACGGCAGAAUAAGAAUCGUACACAACUAAUCGCAUGGUGUAGACCGAGCUACAAACGGUGUUUCCCAAUAUACCCUCACGGAAAGUACGUCCUAUUUGGCUAUAGAGCUUCGCUUUCGCGAUUGAGAGAUUAUAGGCUCUAACUGAUGACGCACUUUCGGGAACGGUUAUUUCCGGCUGCGUACGUACAUAACGGCCAUCAUAUGCACCCUUAAACUUCGUUGCCAAGUUCCCAGCAAAUAAGGUAUUGGCUUAUAGCAUUUUGCGUGGAGUAUAUGUACUACUUAAAACACGAGCAGGAGUGCUUUAUCAGAUAUAAAACAUGAGGGCGCAUGCAGCUCGAGUAUUUUAUAUCUGAUAAAGCACAGACUACGAAUGUUUUAAAUGGCUUCAAAAACGACCCAUCUGAUGAGUUUAUUGGCGAAGUAAUUUUAGAACUAACGUUGUCUAGCCGAGAAAAUCAAAGCUAAACUUUAUGUGAAUGAAUAUGAUUUUUAUCACAUGCAUAAAAAACCAGCGACACGCCAGCGAUUUCUUUUGUGUUUUCCUCCUGAAUUAUUGAUGCGUUUUUAUGUACUAUUUAAAAUAAUAAUUCAUAUAAACUUUGUGGCAAUCAUGUCAGCCGUAAUAUGUCACGUGGAGUGACUUUAUAUCUGAUAAUACACAUGUGGCAUUAUAAUUGUUCGUCCAAAUUAGUAUUCUUAUAUAAAGAAUACUAAUGAGACGGGGAAGGGGAGAAUUACAUGCCCCGAGCCCCCACCUUAAUAGGGCCUCAACUUGAGAGCGCGAGGCAUGAAAUUGAGUAUAUAGGUUCUUUAAAUUGGUCAGAGCAUUUUCGAAAUCGGCCGCCCUGCAUAUAACAUCCCCUUUAUAACGUUCAUAGGGUGAUAAAACUUGCAAGUGUACAGGAUGGAAGACCUGGACUGGUGGCAAUCAAACAGCCGCAGAUAAUGAGAAUUCGAAUUGUCGGAAUUGUAAUCACUCGUUGGCAAGUCAUUUAGCUACGUUGGAUGGUAAAACUGAUGAGGAACUUGACAACGUCUUGUCAAUGGUGAUUGAUGUCGAGACACUGUAUGUGUGUCUACAUAAUGAAAAGGAUGAAGACACAAAGAAGCUCUACACUGGUUUAUUUAAGUUAGUUAGAAAGUGUGUCUUCCAAUCUGUGAAGCCAUCCUUUGUCAUGAUGGGGAACCCUCCGUUUGAGAGCCCUACUAUUGAAAACGUAAGUCGAUAAUUGUAUUCUGGUAACCGGUGGCCUAUUGUAAAAUAAGUAUGUAGUCAUUGUAUAAUACUUAUUUAACACCUUAUUUAUUAGUAAUUUUAUUCUGAUAUUGAAUAAAUGUUCCCAUUUUAUUGACAGUGUAAUGGAACGCGCUGAAUUUUAGAUUAACCUGGGUUAUGCUCCCUGGUUUUGAAUAGAGGGAUCAUGAUGAUAUUUAUUUUCGGUCAUCGUGUGUUAAUUACAUAUUACGUCUUUAGGUUUUCUGCUUUCAUAGUUAUAAAAAUCAAGCUCUUAGCUGUCAAAUGACACCUUUAUGGAAUCUUUGCGAUAAAAAGUGAUGACAUUUUCACUUUUAGGUUUUAAAUGUUCUUGCGAUUUUAUAUAUAUGGAGCGAUGUUUUGGGAGUGAUCGAUUUUACGGAUUGCAAUCGUUUGCUUAACUCUUUCCCAACCGCCCCAGGACCGACAAUGCUUUACCGACUGUGUUAGAUGUUGAGACCAGUGCAUUCGAUUAGUUCGCUCUUUUAAAAUUGUAAUGUUGCGACCGUUUUGGAUAUUUAAAACGAUUUAAAACUAUGUGUUUCAGAAUAUUUUUGAGUCAUUGGAUAGCAAACACUCAGUUGAUGUUAUUUAUAUUGAUUUUGGAAAAGCAGUUUACAAAGGGUACAAAGAGUUGCUCUAUAUAUACAGGGUCACUAUUAUGAAUGGUUUGAAGUGGUCUCUGAAUUGCCCAGGGGUCUGUUUUGGAUCCAUCGCUGUUUACACUUUAUAGUCAAUGAUAUUGCGCAGUACGUUACUCCACCAACAAAAGUGGUCCAAUACGCGGACGACUAUAAUAUUUACUAUUUAUUAUUUAAAUUUUAAAACUUUGAACUGUUGCCAACUAAUAUAGGUAUAAUGUUAAAAGUAUAUAUGAAAACAAUUCAGAUUAUUAACGAUGCACCGUAUACCUGUAAAUAUAUACACCAGAUAGCCAAUACAUCCUCUUCAUUUAUAUAUCUUCAUAUAUGUAUAUAUGUAUAUCAUCAUAUAUACGGGCACCUCUGAAUCUAUGUUGCAUGUAACCUUAAAAUACUCAUUAAAAAUUCAUAAACCUUGUGGCAAAUCAUGUCAGCCAUAAUAUGUCACGUGGGGUGACUUUAUAUCUGAUAAAAAUCAUCUUCAUUAGUAUUCUUUAUAUAAUUGUUCAUCCUAAUUAGUAUGAUUAUAUAAUUGUUCAUCCUAAUUAAUAUGAUUAUAUAAUUGUUCAUCUUAAUUUGUAUUCUUUUCUAGUCGUAUUUUAAGCUAUUCAAAACACUCGUUGUUGUGUUUUAUCAGAUAUAAAACGCUCGGCUGCGCCUUGUGUUGUAUGUCUGAUAAAACACCCCUACUCGUGUUUUAAAUAGUACACAUGCAGGUGCAGUUAAUAGUACAUAUGGAGGUGAAUAUUUGGAUCACUUUUAUUUUCACUAGUGUAAGAGCACAUGUAUUUUCCCAAUCCAUGCUACGAACUUCCCAACGAAGGGCCUUCGUUCGAAACGUCGAUGUGGUAUUUGUAUUUUUCAGGUGGUUGAUCCCUUUCAGUCCGCAGCUUUCUGGUGGUGUUUUCACUGACUAUGCUGGCACAGACCACCGUUCGAGUAUAUAAAUUUUGGAACUCUUUUCAAAUCUUUCAGGCAAUCUUCAACUUUCUUCAUAUGAAGUACGAAAACACCGAAGACAAACAGAUGAUGCAUGACUUAGCGAAAAUGUUUAUUCAUUGCCUCAAUAAUUGGACGUUGGACACUCCGUCGACCAGAAAACAGCAAGAUUACAGCACCGAAGAACCGUCUUCGUACAAAUCGAAUUAUUCAAGGUAAAGACAGUAUAAACUGGUACAUUUCCAUUUGGCACGAAAACAUAGCAGGUUUUCCCGCCGGUUGUUUUUGGGCUGAAAACUCAGCAAGUCUUCCGUCGUUCUGAGAACUGAUGCUCUUUAAAUGACUUGCUUUUUACUAACUGCCUGUCUUUCCGGUAACUGUCCGUCUUUUCCAUACCCAACCGCCCGUUUUUUCUAUAAUAGUCCCCUGUUUUCUGUAAGUAACUGUCCGUCUUUUCUAUAAGUGUCCGUGUCCAUAUAUCUGUGUGCGCUAUUACACUCAAAUAAGUUUUAUUGUAUUGAGGAAAGGCUAACUUUGAUAUACAGCCCUAAAAGUUUGAUGUAAUAUUACGUGAGAUACAAACGUUUGAAUAUGGCGCACGGUUUAAUAAUGAGUAAAAAAAUCGAGAAACAUGGCUGAUCAAAUUUAUAUGAAAAUGUUCCACAAAAAUUAACAAUUUCAAUUUCAGCAUUUCAACUCAACUUUCAUUUCGUGUAAUGUCCUAGUAUAAGUUAACCUUUCGUGUUUCUUGGGAAUUAAGCGAAAUAAGCAUGAAACAUUUAAAUACGUUCGAAAGCAUUAUUUGACCUCCUUUGAGAGUUCUAUUAUAAAGUUGGUCGUCGUUCGCCUUUCCAUUAUGCCUCGAUUAACAAAAGAUCAAAGAGUUUGGUUUUAUGGUUUCCCGUGCAAGACAUUGUAUAUGUGAAAAAGGUUAAAAUGAAUGAAUGAAUAAAUGUUUAUCCAACAAUUAUGUUUUUUAUUCGUUCUUUUGGCCACAAUAAAACUAUAUAAUCAACUUUAACCAAAUAAUAUUUGAUAGGCAAUUUUAUGCAAAUGUUUAACAUUGUCAAAUAUGCUUAUUCGAUUUAAGACAUCGAUAGCUCAGUAAAUAUUGCACGGGCAUUUAAAUGUUAUAUAUCAAAAUCUAAGUUAGCCCUUUCUGAAUACAAUAUAACUUAUUUGAGUGUAAUAGCUUUUAUAAUUUUUAUGUUACAUUAAAUCAAUCAGCGCAAGUUUUUUUUUGAGACACCCGGUACAGUGCUGGUCAAAUAUUUUAGAACACCCUUUUCUUGACUGUUACACAGAAAGUCGUGUCUAACUCAAAAUGCAACCAAUUAUCCUUUCUCACGAUGACGAAUAUUCGCCAUUAUUGGGUGGCAUCUAAUUCUCGUUAACCAAUGCAGACAAUUAAAACAAUGUGAAAAGCACUUUUUCAAAAUAAACUAACCAUUUACAAAGCAAAUUUACCAUCAUUCGUUCAAAAAAUUAUAAAAAGUCGCUGUUAUGUCCACUUACCUCGCUGACUUCGGCUGAAAUGCCACCCAAAAAUGGCGGCGUGAGAAAGGCUAAUUUGAAUGAAAAUUUAUAUGUAGUAGAGCAAGAGAUUACCCGCUCAUUGGUAGUUUUUGAAAUUGGCUUUGUAAACCGGAAGUACAGUUGUCACCAAAUAUUUCUUAAUUGAAAGAAUCACAGCUGUUGAAAACCUGACGUGCAACUCGAUCGUUUUAUUUUGAUUUUAAAUUGUAGAUAUUUGGCUGAAAUUAAGGUUACGAGACACCAAUUGGCCGGGUGAAAAAUUAUCAUUUUUGUAUUUUUCAAUACUAAUACUGUUUACAAUACUAAUUUCAAAAACUACCAAUGAGUGCAUGGGUAAUGUCUCGCUCUAUUACAUGAUAAAUUAUUAAUUAAAUUGGUUGCAUUUUGAGUUAGAUGUGACUAUUUUUGUAACAGCUAAAAAGGGUGUUCUAAAACAUUUGACCAGCACUGUAUACAAACUUAUAGAGUCAAAAUUAUCCGUUAUAAAAUUUAGUUUUUCACCCCCACGUACAAUUAGUUAGCUUUGUAAAAAUCUGUGUCACUGCCAUAAGUUCUUACCAUUUAGUUUCUUACCAUUUUGCAGAUGGCUAUGUUUCUGCCGGGUUCCUGUGUUUUGUAGCAGUUUUACAAAGUACAAUCUUUCGCAAGUAUUUGGAAAGAGCUUCUUCCAGAUUUUAUUACCCUCCCUUGGUAAACAGUUAUUGGAUAAGUUCUCCGCUGAUAGGGAGAAACUUCCAGCAGAGAAACGUACCAUCCUUAUCACUCACUUUCCCAGGUAAGUCAAUUACUAAGCGUUGAUCAAAAGUUUUUAUUUUGUUAAAUUGUUUUGUUUUAUUUUUAUAAAAUUUUUUUUUGGGCGAAAGUUUACACGAUAUUGGACUUGCUGUGAGCUGUUCCCCAUCUUUGAUUAUUGAGUAUACAGCUAUUUCAAUUAAGGUUGUCCCCCGAUGAAAGCGGAAAAGUCGAAUACGAGCGCGAAAGGCUGCUGGGAAUCGCUAAUAAAUUCUUUCAUUUAUUAGCGAUUCCCAGCAGCCUUUCGUGCUCGUAUUCGACUAACUUAUUAGCGAUUCCCAGCAGCCUUUCGCGCUCGUAUUCGACUUUUCCGCUUUGCUCCGGGGACAACCUUAAUUGAAACAGCUGUAUGCCACUGAAAUGAAUAUAUCUGGAACGUUACACUGUACCUCCAACCGGAAAUAUGAAGCCAAACAUGACGACUGGUCCCAGUCUUUUCACGCAUGUCAGGAGCACUCAAUCCAUCAAUCAUGAUGUUAACACACAUGUCUUGAAAAAUAGGCUGUUUAUCUGAAGCUUAUCAGUUCCAGAUAUAUUCCUUUCAAUGAUAUAUGCAUGUUACGUCGCAAGUGUGGUCACGCAAUUUUUUGUGUUGAUAGCUAGUGAUCAAUAUGAGCCAGAAACUCGCCUUUGGUUACUAUUUCAAAUUUCUGAGUGAGUAAAAGCUUCUUAGGCAACUUUAGAUUGUUACUUGGCCGCUUAUAGGAGUAAUUUUAUAAGCUCAAGCCCGCUCCUGACAUCACCAAGACCACAGUUAAUAAUGAGGCUAAAAAUAAAUUCUAGAUAGCGGACAGCUCUUUUAUUUCAGAGACAUUAAAAUCUACAUUUACGGCAGACUGCCAACCACAAACGACAAACUAUAAAUCGUCUGUGGGGUCCAACAAAUAGCUGCACAAAGUUAUGCUCAUUUGUGCAUUAAAAUUGAAGUACGAGUUACCUGCGUAGCUUUCGACCAAUUGUAGAACUUAUCUUCAAAUGCGAUUUGAGGUUUGCCUUUUAGCGGUAAACGUCAAUCUUAAGUCUCAGUAUACAAAUUAUGCUAGCUAGAUAUAAAAAAACUACAUAUUUUACAUACAUAUACUGUAUAUUAUAAUAGCUCUUUCAAAUGAAACGAUAGAAGACUGCAAAACAAAGCUAGAGUUAGAAUUUGGAUCCGCAGUUAACCUUCUUUAAAAAUAUAAGAACACUAAUAAAGCGCUAUUAUUGGAAUUCACUAAACAUUUGAAAUUAAAUGUUGGGUUUAUCUGAUCAGUGAGACAGGUAUCUCUGAUAUGAACAAAACUAGCGAAAGAUGAAAUUAAUAAAGAAGUUAUUAUGUGAUUUUUGAUUUUGCGAUUUUGGCUUGAGACGGCACACAAGAAAUUUAACUUAUCAGGUAUACUUGAAAAGAGGUUGUAUUAACAAAUUUAAAUAUACACCGAAACUUAUACACGACAUAUUUUCAUCCAGAUUUCUUAAAGAUUUGGAAGAAGAGGUUAUGAAUAAUGAUAGCCUUAUUUGGAAAGAAGAAAUUGAGCCCAAACGAGAACCAGCAACAGACGUCGCCCCAUCAUCUCCGGAAACGACUAAUGAUGCAAGGUCAGUUUUGUCAUUGGAGGAAACAUCUCUAUUUUUUUUCGGGUGCGACUAAAAGAGAGUUGUUAACCAGGGGUGGAAAUGCUUUUUUCUUUCUGUGAAAUUGGAUUGGGGUUCAAAAUUUUCUGCAAAAGAUUACAAUAAAUAGGAACAAAAUUGUCGUUUGUCCAUGACCGUCUUGAUACGCGCGCAGUACUUGUUGAUUAGCAAUUAGUUACAGGAUUAAAAACACAUUUUCCACUGCAGGCUAUAUGAAUUGUUCUGAUGGUAUUUAUAGUAAUUUAGAUAAUCAGUCUAAUUUUAUUAUCUCAUACCUAGCGUAUUAGCGGCUUUCCUAUUGGCUGCAAGGAGGUGCGUUCAAUCUCGAACUCACCUUCUGACGUAAGUUUAGGAGGUGGGUUCGAGAUCGAUGUUUCGGCGGCGGCCAUUAUGAAGCGAUUUGAACAAAUUUCAGACGAACAUUUAAAAAAAAAAUGGACCGUUUUUAAUUGUUUUAUAAUUAUUUUUUUUUUUUAUUUUGUUUGAUGAAAAUGGAAUAUUCUCUUUUCAAGAAUAAGGGAAUAUUGUAGAGAAUUUUUUUUAGCUUCAAGUUAAGCCUAAGUUUGUUUGCGUAGUAUGUUGGCAGUACUUUAGUACUUUUUAACGAAAUGGCAUGUGAUAAAAACCAAACAUACUUGCAGGUUCAGUGAAUCCGGGAUUGGACGCACCUCGGGUGGCUGGAAGUUUCCCGAACCCACCUCGCUUCGCUCGGUAAGUUCGGGAAACUUCCAGCGACCCUCGGUGCGUCCAAUCCCGGACUCACCUCCCUGCAAGUAUGUUUGUUAUAGAAUUGGCUACUGUAGCUUUUAAACAUAAAAGAAUGUCUGUGAAAGUUUAUGCAAGAAUGUAGAUCCCCGAAAGUUAUUGUACCCUAGUUCCCAGCUUCCGAUACUUUUGCACCUCUAGGGAAAGGGGAAGUUAAAUAGGUUUUGGAGAGUUAAUUUCGAACCAAACCCGAACCAUAAGUUGUUUGAAAUAUUUUAAGCGUCUUGCUAUUCGCCCUGUCACUGUUGGUUGUACUGGUAUACUUUCUUGUUUCAAGCGACAUUCCUUUCCUGCAUCGUAAUAUUUGAAUAAAAAUUGCUUAUACACUUGCCAAUAAGAUUUUAGGUUUUGAAUAAUACGCAAAUAAUUAAUUCGCAAUUACGCGAGACUGAAAAAAAUUCCCUCUUAAUAAUCCAAGUAUCAAGAGAUUUGUAUACAGUUAGGUCGUCUUUUCAUAAAAUCGUAGCUCAUGUUUUGCCGAGUUUCCAUCCCAUACCUCGAUUUACUUUGCUUCUAUCUAGUUGUUGUUCUUCUUGGAGCUCUUCCAUAUGUCUAGGAGCAAUACAUUCAUCACAACAGCGGUCCCACUCGUGUGAUGUAUAUAUAAUAUUUUGCUCCUAACCGUGAGGCUAAUUGCUCUGAUGAGAUCCACAUCUUGUGGUACGAAGCUAAAUAGGAAUGAAGAUGUCUAGUGGAAUUUGUUAAGUUGUUGCAUUUCAAUUUAUUUUAUAUGUAAUCUAUGAUAAGUUUCAGUCGGCUAACAUCUUCCUAUCCAACCAAGAUAAUCACAUUCUAAUACGUUUCACACUUAUUGACUUGGAACCGAGGGAAACAGUAGAAUGUUCUGAUUUGACUUCCAUUACCACUGCCUCUUACAGGCUUAAUACGCAUUUGAUUGGUUAAUCUGAUAGAACAAAUGGAUCUGAUUCGUUAAUGGUAACAGUAGCAGUAGUGGAAGUCAAAUUUGAACAUCUCUAGUGUCCUUUGUGGACGAAGCGAAGUCGAGGGAAACAUUGGCAGUCGAUGGUCCACCAAACCUACUGUUUCCUGAAGGUCUCACAAGGAAACCCAGAUUAGAGUAAGAUUUAUGUCACUUAGGGUAAGGUUAAGGCCAAGUCUGAACCACUAAAUAGUGGGGCCUGCAGGGCCAACUGCCCCCCCCCCUCCCCCCUGCGUAUAUGUCAAACUAUGCGAAACUUCGUAAUUCAGAGUGUGCGAAACUGCGUGAAACAUUAAUUCUGUUUAUAUUUUUCAAGUAGUAGUUGUAUCUCUCGAUCAGCAACUGCAUGUCCUUUGUUUUGAAAAUGCUUCCAUGCAGCGAAUUUUUGGGAUAUGUUUUCAUAGUUCUUUUAUAUUUUACAUUUAGUAUCGACAGUGGUUUGCUAAGCCCACGAACUUUGUCUUCAUUGCAUCUGGCCGCCCCAGCCGCUGUAAAUCAUGGUAAGGUGUAAGGUCAAAUUUCUUAUCGUUGUGCAAUAUAAACGCACUGCAAGUGGAUAGAACUGGGAAUUACCCUUUAACAAUUAUCCACCGAAGUGAAGGUGAAUAGC